CACCAAUUGGAAGCUGACAUUCACAAGCUCCGAAGGCCCCUGUGUAUUGCCAAGCCUCUGCGGGAAGUGCAGCCACAGAUGGUGGGACACCAGCCGCUCAGCUGACUGCCAGCUGGUCUCCGCCAAGCUCUUGAGCUCCACUCGAACUUUUGCCCUGAAAACUUCAACCACACAAAACUCCAAAACUUCUCCGAUUUCCCUUUCCUCUCCGCUCAACGUCACGACGACAUUCACGCCAUCAACCAGCACAAUGGCCGCUACCAAGGAGACUCCUCGCUCUGGCAUUGCCACCGGUCUCAACAAGGGCCACAAGACCACCGCCCGCGUCGCCAAGCCCCGCGUUAGCCGCACCAAGGGUCACCUUAGCAAGCGCACUGCCUUCGUCCGUGACCUUGUCAAGGAGGUUGCUGGUCUCGCUCCCUAUGAGCGCCGCAUCAUUGAAUUGCUCCGCAACUCCAAGGACAAGCGUGCCCGUAAGCUCGCCAAGAAGAAGCUCGGUACUUUCGGCCGUGCCAAGGCGAAGGUCGAGGACAUGAACCGUGUCAUCGCUGAGUCUCGCCGCGCUGGUCACUAAGCGUAGCGUCGUCUUGAUGACGAUGAAAAGGGUGGAAAUGGGGAGGGAUAUUAUGAUGGAUUCUCGGAGUAUACCCUGCUGCUGAGAGGAUAUAAAACCCCAGUAGUCCCUCCGGACAGGCUUUAGAUAUUGAGACCAGAAUCGACCUCACACUUACCCUUGGUGGAACCAAAAAUUGAUAUCUUCUGCU